AUGCUUUGUGCAAAAUAUUACGAGAUUCGUCGUUUCAAUGGACUUAUUCAGAAACUGGUAUUACAAGUUUCCGGAGAGCCACCACAGGAGCCAGUAAUUUCAAAGAAAUCCGGUCACAUUUAUGAAAAGAGAUUGAUCGAAAAAUAUAUUGCUGAUUAUGGAAAGGACCCCGUUAGCGGAGAAGAAAUUAACGAAGGUGACUUGUUGGAAGUAAAAGCAAGUCCAAAAACGGUUAAGCCUCGACCACCAACUUUGACAUCGAUCCCAUCAUUACUGGCUGUCUUUCAAAACGAAUGGGAUAGUUUGAUGCUGGAAACAUACACUUUAAAACAACAAUAUCAGCAAGUUCGACAGGAAUUAAGUCAUGCCUUAUAUCAACAUGAUGCGGCAUGUCGAGUAAUUGCUAGAUUGUUGAAAGAGAGGGACGCCGCGAGAGAAGCAUUAGCGAAUGUUCAGGCUCAUAUUAAUAUCCAACCUCCUCCAGAUACAGCUACGACAGAUCAUCCAAUGGAAACGGAAGAGGAAGCGAAAGGAAUUAAUGAUGCAGUCAUAGAGAAAUUAAAUGAAACUAGUAAAGUCCUGUCAAAGGAGCGUAAGAAGAGAAAGGCACAACCUGGUCUCACCCCAGUUGAUACAGUGAAACGUUAUACUCAAUUAAAUGUUAUCGGUUCUUUACACUCCACCUCGUCUCCCGGAAUAGCAUGUCUCGAUCUUGACCAAACAGAGGAACUCGUGCUCACCGGCGGCAAUGAUAAAAAAGUAUUAAUAUAUAACCGACAAGAAGCUAAAGAAGUAUGUGUCUUAAAGGGCCAUACCAAGAAGAUUACUGACGUUUCAUGGCUAGGAAGACCCGAAGGCGAUCAGGGUGAUGUGGCGUUUUCUUCAAGUGUAGACAAAACCGUUAAAGUCUGGAAACCUAACGAAAAAGGAUAUCAAAUCGCAAGCACCAUCACGUCACAUUCGAGCGAAGUCACUGGUAUUGCAGUUCAUGCCACAAAAGAUUAUUUAGUAUCGGUUUCAAAUGAUUCUACAUGGGCAUUCCAUGAUAUAGCAACCUCACAGACCUUAGCUAAGAUCGAGAGUAAAGAUGUGAAAGACGGUUACUCUACUGUCGAGUUUCAUCCUGACGGUUUAAUUUUGGGAACAGGAACAAACGAUUCGGUUGUUCGAAUUUGGGAUGUGAAAUCCCAACAGAACGUCGCUUCUUUUCCCAAUCACACUGGUCGCGUUACAUCAAUUUCAUUUUCCGAAAAUGGCUACUAUCUAGCAACUGCUUCGGAAGAUAAUUUGGUUAAAUUAUGGGAUCUCCGAAAAUUAUCGAAUUUCCAAACUUUAACUGUAGAUACUGACGCAAAAGUCAACAAGGUGGUAUGGGAUUACAGUGGUCACUAUUUAGCUAUAGGUGGCACUGAUGUUAGAAUUUAUCAUUCCAAGACUUGGAAUGAACUUUCAGUUAUUUCUGAAAACAUGGCGGAAAUCACAGAUAUGAAAUUCGGAGAAUUGGCAAAAUAUUUGCUUGUAGGUGGAUUAGAUCGUUCUUUAAGAACUUAUGGAAUUGAACAACUUGAAUAG